AUGCCUCUGCACCUCCUCGGAAAGAAGUCAUGGAACGUCUACAAUCCGGAAAAUGUCGCGCGUGUCCAGCGCGAUGAAGCGCAAGCCAAGGCGCAGGAAGAAGAAGAGGAGCGCCGCAUGCAAGAGAUCGAUGCCGAGCGAAGAAUCCAACUACUACGUGGUGAGCGACCUCCUACCCCUCCACCGCUGCAAUCCUCCACGUCGCAACCAGAAAAGGAAGAUCGCACCAACUACAUAGGAGGUUAUAAAAAGCGGAGACGUUUGGCGGGAGAGAAUGAUACAGAUCGAGAUAUCCGAUUUGCUCGAGAAGACGCGGAACUUGCGCUGGUGAAACGGGAGGAACUGGUACAUGCUCGGAAGGGCAAAAAUGAUGCGCCACUCUACGACGAUGAUGGACACAUCAACCUUUUUCAGAAAGAUAGCGGUCGGAAACGAAUUGAGAAGAACGCGGAGGCUGAAAAAGAGGCAGCCGACAAGCAGCGAAGUUACGAAGACCAGUAUACCAUGCGGUUCUCCAAUGCAGCGGGUUUCCGUCAAAGUAUUGGCAAGAACCCCUGGUAUUCGGCUUCUCACGGUGCUGGUAUAGCUCCCGAAUCCAUACCUAGCAAGGAUGUUUGGGGUAAUGAAGACCCCAUGAGGAAGGAGAGAGAGAAAUCUCGCAUGGACCUCAACGAUCCACUAGCUGCGAUGAAGAAAGGCGUUCGCCAGCUGAGGUCGGUUGAAGGAGAACGAAAGAAGUGGAAUCAGGAAAGGAGUAAAGAACUAGAUGCGUUGAAAGCAGCUGAGAAGACCCGAUCGCGCCACCGUAGGAAACGGUCCCAGUCGGAGGAUAGCCUGGGGGACUUUAAACUCGAUGGGCCAUCAGAUAGAGAUCAUAAGUAUAGGGACCGGAAUCGCGAGCUUGCCGGCGACAAGUCAUCGCGCCGUUCGCACAGGCGGCGUUCGCGCUCUACAUCUCGCUCGCGUUCUCAUCGUCAUCACAGCCAUCGACAACGCCACGACGACAGGCAAUAUAACCGACGGAGGAAGGGAGAAGCUGGUUCAAGACAUCGCAUAUAA